AUGAAGAUCAAGAAUAAAGAGAAAUAUAUAAAAUUAGGCAAUAACUGCAAGUAAAAAAAAUUACAAUAAUAAAGGAAUUCAUUUUUAAUUGACCAACAGAAUAUGAUCAACAAUAGCAAGUGGAUGAUUAGUAUAAAACUUUGAAUAUUACUUAGAUUAUUAUUGA